GCAACUGCCUCCCAGUGUUAGCUGGGGGUUAGCCUGCAAGCUAGCCGUAUUUCUGAUAACCGGUCGGGCUUUCUAGUGUGCUAUAGUUUGUGCCUGCUUGCUGCUCAUCUGUAUGACUCUGAAUUUCGCCUGCCAUGACGACGCAGCCAUAGAUGCAUACCCAAGCAGGCCGUUGUUAUGGCGAUGUCAAAUGCAAAAGCCUGAUUCCCUGCUCUUGUAAUGGCCACUACAGGCUACGUAGGUGAGAUCCAGCCAGCGGCCCAAACUCAGGGGACUGCUGUCACUGUGACAACGGGUCAACCUGAUGCCAGCUCCACCCCUGUAACUGCCCCACAAUUUUUGGCUGAGAUUCAGACUACUGUGGCUGCUCCCACUGUGGUCACACCCACAGGCCAAACUACUCCCACAGAGCAAGCCGCUUCCAUCACCACCCAGAAGCCCACUGCUAGUCAGACCCAGUCCACAGUGCAACCUCAGCCAGCUCAGACGCAGUAUGUGACUGCAGAGAUCCAGGGCUCCCCCACGCAGUCAGGAAAUGCUCAGAGCACUCCACAGUACAUCGUUGUUACCGUCACAGAGGGUUCCCUUCACUCGAAUGACAGUGUGUCAGACUCCAGUCCACCUCCAGCUGUGGUGCAGACUGGAGUCCCCACACAAGUUGUUCAGCAGGUGCAGACAGCUCAGCAGAGGUCAGUGGUGCAGGCCACCUCCCAGAUUGCCAAAACUGAGCCAGGCACACAGCUCAGCGUCACCAGUCUACAGCCUGUCCACAUCACCCAGGAGCUUCCCCUUAGCACGGAGGUGACCGGUUUAGUCAGGGAUAGGAAACUAGAAGAUUGGCAGCUGCGUCAUGAGGCAGAGGAGUCAGUCUGCCUUGCCUGGGUGUCAGCAGACUGCGUAAACGGCUGCUGCUGCAAACCCGUCUACCUCCCCUUGGAUGAGUAUUGGCAGCCAAUGUGCAUGCUCUCUGUGCACGCUGAGAGUGAGAUAGGCCACCCUGCCAUCCUCAGCUCAGGUCCCAAUCAGCCACCUCUGCACACAGCAACCGCCGCUUUCCAAGUCCAGCAGCAGCUCACAUCAGUGCCAGUGCAACAUGUGUACACCAAUCAAGUGCAGUAUGUUGAAGGAGAAGACAACAACUACACCACCAGCACCAUUCGCUCCGGCACCUUCCCUUACACCGACACCCCUUUGUACACCCAGACCACCGCCGCUCCAUAUUAUGAAGGUCAGCCGACUUCCGGCACCCAGGCCUCUACGCCCGGCACACCUCUGACUGUGUCCGUGACAGCCGGCACCACAGCGGGCGUCUCGAUGUUCGUGGCCCAGCCUACCACUGCGGCGGGGGGAGGGGCCACAGUGGUGACGGCAGGCGGCACGACCAACGGGGCCGGAGAAGGGGCAGGGACCAACGGCGGCGCGGCAGGCAGUUAUGUGAUCCAGGGGGGUUACAUGCUGGGCAGCGGCGGCAGCAGCAGCAGCAGCGGGUCGGCAGCUGGCAACAGUCAGAACUACUCACACACCGCCCGCGCCUCUCCGGCCACUGUGAGUAUUACAGAGGGCGAGGAGAGUAGCGUGCCGUCGGCAGACAAGAAGGUACAGUGGUUGCUGGACAACUAUGAGACAGCUGAAGGAGUGAGUCUGCCCCGUUCCACCCUUUACUGCCAUUACUUGCUGCACUGCCAGGAGCAGAAGCUAGAACCUGUUAAUGCUGCGUCAUUCGGGAAACUCAUAAGAUCUGUGUUCAUGGGGCUACGCACACGGCGUCUGGGCACUCGGGGUAAUUCUAAAUACCACUAUUAUGGGCUGAGAAUCAAAGCGGGCUCUUCUCUUCUCCGGCUGAUGGAAGACCAACAACACCUGGCUAUGAGGCAACAGCCGUUCUCACAGAAACAGAGGUUGAAGCCUGUUCAUAAAGUGGAAGGAAUGACCAAUGGAACGGCAGCAGGAGCUGGUCAGCAGCAGCAACAGCAGCAGGGAUCGGGCCACGUGGAUAUCAGCACCCAGGUUCAACAGUACCAACAGUUCCUUGAUGCAUCCAGAGCUCUCCCAGAGUUCCCAGAGAUCGAUCUUCAGGGGAAGUCUCUGCCAGAGGGCAUUGAGCUGGAGCACAUAAAGAGCUUUCAGUUGCUGUACAGAGAACAUUGUGAGGCUAUUCUCGAUGUGAUGGUUAACCUGCAGUUUACCCUAGUGGAGACUCUGUGGAAGACCUUCUGGAGGUUCAGCCAAAGUCAGGCCGGAGAUGCCACGUUGGCCGUUCACGAUGAGUCAGAGAAGCGUCUCCCUAAGUCCUGCCUGGUGUUGCUGUGCAAGUAUGAGCCAGUGCUGCGCUGGAGCCGCGACUGUGACAACAGCCUCUACCAGGGCCUGGUGGAAAUCCUCAUCCCUGAUGUCCUCAGACCCAUCCCCAGUGCCUUAACUCAAGCCAUUCGCAACUUUGCCAAGAGCCUGGAGAGCUGGCUAACCAAUGCCAUGAUGAACAUCCCUGAGGAAAUGGUCCGCAUCAAGGUCACAUCAGCCAAUGCUUUUGCUCAGACCCUGCGCCGCUACACCAGUUUGAACCACCUGGCCCAGGCAGCCCGUGCUGUCCUCCAGAACACGGCUCAGAUCAAUCAGAUGCUGUCCGACCUCAACCGCGUCGACUUUGCCAACGUGCAGGAGCAGGCUUCAUGGGUGUGCCGGUGCGAAGACCGUGUGGUCCAGCGGCUCGAGCAGGACUUCAAGCUGACCCUCCAGCAGCAGAACUCACUGGAGCAGUGGGCCGCGUGGCUCGACGGUGUGGUUUCCCAGGUCCUAAAGCCCUACCAACACAGCCCUGCUUUCCCUAAAGCUGCCAAGCUCUUUCUGCUCAAGUGGUCCUUUUACAGUUCCAUGGUAAUCAGAGACCUCACCCUGCGGAGUGCCGCCAGCUUCGGAUCCUUUCACCUGAUUCGUCUGCUAUACGACGAGUACAUGUACUACCUUAUCGAGCACAGAGUGGCCCAGGCUAAAGGAGAGACCCCCAUUGCUGUUAUGGGAGAGUUUGCCAGCUUAGGCCGAGGUCUGAACCAGCUGGAUCCGGAUAAAGAAGAGGAAGAAGAAGAGGAGGAGGAGAGUGAUGAAGAAGGUCAGGAGCUGUCCCUUCCCUCAGACGGGGCCGUGCUCGGAGAGGAGUCUCUGGAGCCGCCUGCCAAGCUGGCCAGAACUGACCAGAGAGUUCUCUUCGCCACCGGGUCAGCUGACAACUAGCCGCAGUGUAAAUGACAUGUGCCGAUCUCACAGACACACACGCCGAUGUACAAAGAACAGUAAUUUAUACCCCCUGACACCUGUAUAUAGAGCUUGUUGAGUUGCGCCCGCGUGCACUCUCGCUGCAUAUGGUUCUGUUUGCGUGCAGUGCUCAGGCGCACACAAUCAAAACACACUCAAGUCAGUAACUGCUGCUGCCCGGAUGGCACGACCGCCUGUCGCCACCAUUGAUUACUCCCACAGUCAGUGGCGUUUUGUAACAGGACGUGGCUUCAGAAACCCGGGGUCUCUUGAUGCAGAGAGGACCUUCAGUUGUAUGAAUCUGUAAAAACAAAACAAACUAAAGCCAGGCACUUCUUUUCGUUUAUCUCCUCAUCGCGCCGGAGCCUCGCUGUUUUUCCCUCUCAUUGCUGUAAAACGAAUGCUCGCCCUCCCACCACUGUCACUGCCGUAUCAAAGUGGUCUUUAAAAGGCACUGCGGGGUGUGUGUGUGUUUGUGUGUGGAGCGGACCGUAAGCGGUGUUUAAUUUAAUCACUACAUCAUUUACCGCUUUGUGGGAGCGUAGGGGUUUUUUGUUGUUGUUGCUUCUUUUUUUUUUUAAAGACAGCAGGCGACUUUUUUGUAUGUGUCAGCUUGUACGAGCACUGUGGUCACACCGCUCUGCUGUUAUUUGUAGAGGCCAAGUAAACACGCGUUUUUACCCGGUCGUGCGCGUCUGUUUGCGUGACUCAUGCCGAGUGGUGACUGUUGUGUAGAUAUUUUCUAGAGCAUUCAUGGUUUGAUUUUUUAUUUUUUUUUGAUGGUGUGUGCAGAUUUCCUGUGUGAUUCACCUGUUAAAAGACAAAAAAGAAAAAAGAAAAGCUCUCGUGUUCUCGGAGUGCCUACCUCAGCUGCCACAAACACUUGUAAAGAUGAAGCUCCAGCUGUGAAGUAGGAACUCCUGUUAGUUGCUGCAAGAAAAAAAUUCUCUGUUUUUUUUCCUUUUUUUUUGAACAAGAACAUCUGGUUCCCACGAGAGAGAGAGAGAAGUGCCGUACGUGUACCAUAGUUUAUGUUUAAGUGCUUCAAUUCUGUCCACCCAUUAAGUUCCUCUGUGCCCUCAUUUGCCCUUGACUCGUUAUGUUUUUGCCUUAUUUCAUUCUGUUUCUGUUUUUUUCCCCACAUUUGUGUGUUUCUGGGUGCCAAACCGGUUUGCUUUGAUCCUCGCUGAUUUUUCUUUCUGUCUUUUGUUUUUUUAAGAACUGUGCCUGAGUAAGAACGGUGAAAUACUUAUAUUCUACUGUAUAUUUAUCCACUAUUUUGAAUUUCGUUGUCACUAAGUGAACCUCUUGUGCAGUGUACGGUGCUGUGUUGUCACACAUUGUAAGCGACCCUCGUGUGCAUUAUUGAUUUGUGAUUGUACGUUCGGUUAUCGAUCCUCUUUCAUAUCUGAUGACUUUUCCACUCACAGGCUAAGUAAGGCCCUGCCUCUUUGCACAUGUUGACUUUAUUGUCUAAAAAGUUUUUUUGUUUGUUUUUUCCCCCCUCACUUUCUUCGAGGUGUUUUUUUUUUUUUUUUAAACGGUGAGAUGGAGGCGUCAGAUUUCAUGCAAAUGUCUCUCACCCCUCGGUGAGAUUCAGAGAAAUCGACCGAGGUGAGAGAUCUGCUCAGUCCUCCACCACCGCUCAUCUCAUUCCCCUCGUCUCACUGUGUUUUUUUUUCUCACUCUCACGCCCGAUGGCUUUGUUUUGCUUCUAAAACACUGUUCAUGGAGAUCAGUUGUCAUAUUCCUUUUUCAUUUCUGUCAAUACUGUCUAUAAAUAGCAGUGCGUGUUUUUUCACAGGCAUUGCCAGCCUCAAACCAGCACAUCAUCCUUUAUACGAAGUCUAGCGCUACCACAGCUGAGUACAUAUCACUCCAGUCUUUUAAUGAUCUACAGCGUGCAGAAUGGCCAUUGUUUACCCACUAAAAAAGGAAAAAAAAUGUUCGUCAUUUUUAUAGUGCGUUGUUUCUUAUGUACAAAACAAAAUGGGAAAAAAAAAGAUGUUCAGUGGCAGUGUUUUUUGAAUUUUGGUCUGCUCUAAGUAUGACUGUGCCUUUGGAGGUGGUAGAAUGCAAUUCAGAUGUUUUUAAUUUUAAAGAUAUAAAUUAAAGAAUUUUUAAAAUUACACCGGA